UGGUCUGAAAUGGCCUCUGUGAAUGCAGCGCAGCAGCAUCUGAACUUCUCCAGCAGCUGGGAGGAGGACAGCAGUGACAAUAGUUUUGAUGAAUGGACACACAGGAGUGUCCCACUCAGAAGCCCCUGCCGGACACCCCGGAUACAGCGCCACCGUACCAGAAGCAUCACGGUUUCUCCUUCAAUUCAUACCUCUCCCAUACCGUAUGCUGCCUGGAAAAAGCUUCGACUCUGUGAUUCGCCCAGCACACCAAAAAGUUUGCUGUCUAAAUCAACGCUGCCUUGCUCUAGCAGCAAACCAUGUUGCACUCAGCGAUUCCUUCGCCUGUCUACUGCUUUUGAACGAGUUCCUUCAGUGAACAUUAAUCCUUUUACUCCAGACACCGUGCGCAGAAACAGUGAACACUUCAAGAGAAAGAGUCAAAGGAGUGAUGAUGAUGAUGAGGACUAUGGACAAAGAUCUAAAGAAAUGCAGAAUUCAUCAGAGGAUGAAACUUUCUUCCUCCCCUCGAAGAGGCCAGCAGUGUCAGCCCGCAUGCUGUCGCGUUACGAGAGUGAGUUUCUAGAGCUGGCCUGCAUUGGCGUGGGCGAGUUUGGUUCCGUGUAUCGAUGUGUGAAGAGGUUGGAUGGAUGCAUGUACGCCAUCAAGCGCUCUCGGAGGCCAAUCGCAGGCUCCGCCAAUGAGCAGCUGGCCUUGAAGGAAGUGUACGCCCAUGCUGUGUUGGGCCAUCACCCUCAUGUUGUCCGCUACUACUCUGCAUGGGCUGAAGAUGACCAUAUGAUUAUACAGAAUGAAUAUUGUGAUGGUGGCAGCCUUCAUGAUGUUAUAACUGAAAAGGGAGAGCAAGGGGAGUUCUUCAGCGUUCCCGAGCUCAGGGAUCUGCUCCUACAGGUCUCCAUGGGGCUCAAGUACAUCCACAACUCAGGCCUGGUGCAUCUUGACAUCAAACCCAGUAAUAUUUUCAUCUGUCGUCGAUCCACCUUGAGUGCUGGUGGAGAGGGAGAUAGUGAAGAAGAGGAUGAAAGCCACUCUUCUGGAGUUGUAUAUAAAAUUGGUGACCUGGGUCAUGUAACAUCCAUCUCAAGUCCUCAGGUAGAGGAAGGGGACAGUCGCUUUCUGGCUUAUGAGGUCUUGCGAGAGGACUACACGCAUCUUCCUAAAGCGGAUAUUUUUGCACUGGGUCUGACAGUGUUAUUAGCUGCAGGUGCUUCACCACUUCCCCAGAAUGGAGAUGACUGGCACAGUCUGAGGCAAGGAGAACUACCCAGCCUGCCACAGGAGUUACCAACAGUCUUUAAAGACCUUCUAAAGUCACUAUUAGAUCCUGAUCCUACUGCAAGGCCAUCAGCAACAGCUUUGUGUCGGCAUGAUGUUCUACGCAAGGAGAGAGCUGGAAAACUUGCUACACAGCUUCGCAAAGAGCUAAAUGUGGAGAAAUUCAGAACAGCUAUGCUGGAAAGAGAACUGAAGGAGGCCAGACUGGCUGCUACCUCCCCGCAGCAGUUGUCCCAACCAGGGUCCCUUCCCAAGGCUAAGAGGAAGCUUGUGGGCCGAAGUGUAGCUCGUUCUGUGAGCUUUGGAUUUCCUGGAUGCUAACACUGACUCAACCACUGAGUUUGUUUUGUUCUACAUGUGCCAACAGGCCUAAAUCCUGUAUUGUUCUGCAUUACUGUGAAGUGGUCACUGAUUAAAAUCCAACAUUUUGUCUGGAACGGGACUAAAAAUUAACACAGGCACGGGGUGCAUUAAUCUGUACUGUUCACUGUUGAUUGAUUGUCACAUAUUGCACAUUGUUUUUGUUUUAACUGUAAAUAAAGUUUUUAAAUGUA